AUGCGGAACUAUUCUGAGUCGACAGCAUUGGAAUUACACGAUUCAUGUUACUCGAGUUGUUCAGAGGAAUCACAUAAUUCACUAUCUCGUAAACCUUCAGAUACUCUAAACUAUAAUUUUGCGAAGUUUACGGUCGCUGACGACCAUUUAGUGGAAUUUGCCACUAAGCUCGGAUAUACAGAAAAUCAGUUAAAAAUCGUACUCAAAAAGUUGGGAGCAAAUGCGGGGCAGGAUCAAAUUCUCAGUGAGCUAAUCAAAUUGGGACGAAUGCCGAACAAUUCAAACUUGAAAUUCACGAAUAUUUGUGUUGGUGAUACCAAACCAUCACUUCGCAGUAUCGUUAUCGAUGGAUCAAAUAUCGCAAUGACCCAUGGUCGGAAAGAAAUAUUUUCUUGUGGUGGAAUUCGCGAGUGUGUUCGAUUUUUUCGCGAUCGAGGUCAUAAGGACAUUCUCGUGUUUGUACCACAGUUUAGACGCGAAGCUGCUCGAUCAGAUUGUCCCAUCUCUGAUCAACACAUAUUGUUUGAACUCGAGCAACAAAAUAUCUUGACUUGGACUCCAUCAAGACGAAUUGGCGGUCGCCAUAUAGUAUGUCAUGAUGAUCGAUAUAUACUAAAAACAGCCGAGGAAAAAGACGCAGUCAUCGUUAGUAAUGAUGAAUAUAGGGAUCUAAUUAAAGAGAAUCCACAGUAUCGUAAGCUUGUCGAACAACGCCUGUUAAUGUAUUCUUUUGUGGAUGGACGAUUUGUGCCACCAGACGACCCACUUGGCCGUCAUGGACCGAAAUUGGCUCAGUUUUUAUCGAGUGGAAAUCACGGUUCUUUUGCUCAAUUAUGUCCUUACGCUCGUAAAUGCACUUACGGUAAUAAAUGCAAAUAUUAUCAUCCAGAAAGACCAUUUGGCCAUAUAAGCGUCACCGAUCGACUGAUCCAAGAGAAGCAACAACGCAAACAAUGCCUAUCAGCUCUAAAAGAUAAAAAAAGAGCACCCAUUGUUUUGGCUACAAAACAAUCAGCUGGAAAUGCUAAUGCAAACUCUACGCAAGAUCAGUCAAUGUGUAAACUAAUCUUAGGAACAGUUUUAGCAAAUUUCUUUAUGAUAAGGUUGAUGAAAGGAAAUUCAUCAACUUCUCAUCCAUACCAAGAAAAUAAUCAUUUUAAUGUCACUCGAACACAAAGUCUUAAUAUUCCUAACGACUGCGAAAUUGUCCAAAAUGAUUUCACUAUGUGUCAUAAUAAUUCCCAGAAUUUGUUUGAUACUGCUACAAAACAAUCAGCUGGAAAUGCUAAUGCAAACUCUACGCAAGAUCAGUCAAUGUGUAAACUAACUUCUCAGAUACCCAUCGUUCACGAGAGUCUAAGUCGAAAUCUAUCAGCACCGAAUCAUCAUUCUCCUCAUUUUGGUUCCACUUUCAUCUUUCCUGAAUUUAAUCGCAGCACCUCCUAUUCCAAUAUGCAUGACCCUUACGAUCAAUCACAACUAUUAUCUAUAGUUCGCUACACUGAUGUUCAAAAUAUGACGAGAAAUGGCCAAUUUAACACCAUCUGUACUCCGAAUCAUUUCACAUCGUCAACUGCUAUAUGGGGAGAUCCAGAACUGAGUGUUUCUCCAAUCAUACAAUCAUCGUCCGAAUGGACAACUGUUGCUGAUGAUGAUCGCCGAACUAGACUGCACCACUUGCUGUGUCAGUUAUUUUCUGAAGCCACAGUGAUAGCUGUGAUGUCUGCGAAUCCACAAGAGAAUGAUGUGAAAAGGUUAUGUGCUCGAAUUAUCGAAAUGCAGAAAGGAUUUGAGUUAUAA